AUGUUGGCCGCAGCAGCAAGCACGCUUGCUCCGCGUUUAAAGCGGAUCACCAUCAGGAAACCCAUCAUAGAAAACAUUGUAUUUAAACUACACUAUCAGAUGACAGUGACGAUGCUCAUAGCCUUUGUGAUUCUCGUCUGCGCUCGGGAAUACUUCGGAGAACACAUCAGAUGUAUGUCAGACAAUGCAAUACCUCAAAGGGUCAUUGAGAAUUACUGCUUCUUCAUGGCUACAUUUACUAUUGUUCGUCACUACAAUGAAAGUCUCCUGGAAGGUGAAUUCCUUCCUCAUCCGGGUGUGGGGCCUAUCUUGGAAUCAGACGAGACGUUAAACCAUACAUAUUACCAGUGGGUGCCGUUCGUGCUCUUUAUACAGGCUAUUUGCUUCUAUAUUCCUCACUCUAUCUGGAAGAAGAAAGAAGGUGGCAGAAUCCAUGCGUUAGUCCAAGGAUUGCAGUACGCAUCACUAGCUCUGGAGAAUGAUGACAUGAAGGUCGGCACCAUGGAUGUGCCUUCUAAAAAAACCAUCAAUGAACGAAUAGAUAUAAUACGAAAAGAUAUUAUUUUGAGGUUAAAAAUAACUCAAACUUGGUCGGUUUGGUUGGUGUCCAUGGAACUGCUCAACUUCCUACACGUGAUGUUCCAAAUAUGGCUGAUCAACAAGUUUUUAAAUGGACACUUCAUUGGGCUAGGCCCUAGAGUGCUGAGUUACCGUGAUUGGGAACACCGGAUAGCUGAUCCACUGGAGACUGUUUUCCCUAAAGUAACGAAAUGCGUGUUUCACAAGUUCGGUCCGAGCGGUUCCAUCCAGCAGCACGACGCUCUCUGUGUAAUGGCGCUGAACAUAAUACACGAGAAGAUUUAUUCCGUGCUGUGGUUCUGGCUUCUCUUCUUGUUCAUUGCAUCUUUUCUCGCGAUCGUUUGGCGAGCUAUUACCUACUUCGCAUACCGUCGGUCUUUGCGUUUCAACCAGGUGUUGUUGAAACGUGCGAACGUGGGCAAGUUUGAACCCAUCAACGUAAUAAGGGUUGUAAACGGAUGCCAAUUUGGUGAUUGGCUGUUUCUAUAUUACUUGGCGAAGAAUAUGGAAGGCAUUAUUUUCCAACAAUUAUUAGUUACGCUCGCAAAAGAGCUUCAGGCCAGUGAGAUCCCUUCCAAUGGCGUUGGAAAUGAAGAACCGGGAGCUGAUGAUCCUGUCCUUAUGGACACCGUAAACUAUGAUGAUGAAACCCUUCCGCUUCAAGAAAAGAAAUCAUCAUAG